AUGAAAAAUAAUCCUGAAUUUGGUGCGGCCUAUAAACAAAUAAUGAGUGAAUAUUUGCAGAAGCGAAUCGGUUCCGUAGCUGUUUGUGGGGACAUAAAGGAAAUGUUUCAUCAAGUUGUUGUUGCUGAGGAAGACAGGUGUUCGCAGAAGUUAUUGUGGCGAUAUGAUGCUAGUGGUCCACCGGAAGUGUAUGAGAUGCUUGUGAUGAUGUUUGGAGCUGCCUGUUCGCCCUGUAUUGCCUAUUAUGUGAAGGAAACAAAUGCAAUGGAGCAUCGAAAUCGUUUCCCUAGAGCCGUGAAGUCAAUUUUGGACCAUCAUUAUGUAGAUGACUUUGUAGAUAGUUUUGUAAAUCCGUCAAACGCCAUUGAAAUAGCCAUACAAGUUCGUGAAAUACAUAAAGCUGCUGGUUUGGAAAUGCUCAGGAGACAUAGUGUACUUUGGGACGAGAUGUUGCCCGCGUCAUUACAAGCGAUGUGGAAUAAAUGGCGCCAAGAGCUAAGAAAUGUUGUCCAUGUAAAGGUUCCACGAUUUUAUUUUGGAAAUGGUUUGCUCUUGGAGUUAGAGCUGCAUAUUUUUGUUGAUGCCAGUGAAGCUGAUUGA